GUUGGUUUCGUACGCUUCGGUGACUGCAGAUCUGUUACAUCGAUCGCGAUCGCUACCCGUCGUACGCGCGUUCGUGCGAAUCUUUCAAAGUGUCGCCGAGUGUCUCGAAAUUGUAAAUUUUUCGUUCGAAAGUUCUGUCCCGUCUUGUAUUCGUUAUUUCCUUUUGCUCCUCGGGGUGAUCGUAUCGAGGAGUUUGAUAGAUCCUUCGUUGCUUCCAAUCGUGAUACGGAUCGAUUAUCUUAUCGCAGCCCGACGAGAGACGAGAAGAGGAGAAGGUGUAGAUCGCCUUGCGGGAUUAUCGCGAAUAUUACGCGAUCAUCGCGAGCAGCCGAUAUAAUGAAGUCGAAGACGAGCGAGAAUUUUAUUGCGAGUGAAAGUAACGGGGUCAAGAGGGACCAGCAACUGAAGCAGAAACAGCUCAAGAGUGGUAAAACAUUCUGUCAGUCUUGCAAGAAGAAGUGCAGCGGGGAGGUGCUACGAGUGCAGGACAAGUAUUUCCACAUAGGGUGUUUCAAGUGUGCUCAGUGCAACGCGAGCUUGGCACAGGGUGGCUUUUUCGCGCGCGAGGGCUCUUACUACUGCACGAAGGAUUACAGAGAACGCUGGGGGACAAAGUGCGCAGGUUGCGGAGAAUACGUGGAGGGCGACGUGGUCACCGCAGGAGACAAGCACGCCUUCCAUCCGAAUUGUUUCCAUUGCCAGCGGUGUAGGCAACCGUUACUCGGCCAAGGGACCAAGGUGUCCCUCGUUCAAGGUCAAGCUCUGUGUCAUCGAUGCGUCGGUAUCCCGGUUCGAGAGGCCUCGACGCCGGUCGGCAAUAGCUCCGCUACCAGAGGAUCCGGAGACGGGCCGUCCGACCCCGGUGCCUGCGCUGGUUGCGGAAACCAAUUACGGGAAGGUCAAGCUUUGGUCGCUCUCGAUCGACAGUGGCACGUAUGGUGCUUCAAGUGUCACACCUGUGACACCGUUCUUCACGGAGAAUACAUGGGAAAAGAUGGAGUGCCUUACUGUGAGAAGGAUUAUCAGAAGCAGUUCGGCGUGAAAUGUGCCUACUGCAACCGUUACAUCAGCGGAAAGGUGUUACAGGCCGGAGACAAUCACCACUUUCAUCCGACCUGUGCUCGUUGCACCAAGUGUGGCGAUCCUUUCGGCGAUGGAGAGGAAAUGUAUUUGCAGGGUGCAGCCAUAUGGCAUCCCCGUUGCGGUCCGGGUCCUAGCGGUCCGAACGGUAUCGUGAAUGGUCACGGCGAAGCUCACACGCCACAGCAUCGAGAGUCAGAACGGAUUUCCAGCAGCGCUUCGGAGAUGCAGUUUUCAUUGCGGUCACGCACGCCAAGCCUGAACGGAUCACUCUGCAGCCCUUACAGCAGCCUCAGUCGCAAGUAUUACCCUGCGCGAACUGGCAGUCCUGGACUGAUAUUGCGAGAGUACGGACGUGGUCCAUCCGAAGACGUGUCUAGGAUUUAUACUUAUUCGUACUUGACCGAAACGCCGAGCCAAGGGUACUUGAGACGUCCGAUACAGCCGUACGACAAACCACCGACUAGCCCACACUUUCAUAGACCUAGCUCGUCACGUUCGAUAAGAAGCAGUGGCGGACGCAGCAGCCGAUCUGGAAUGCGUGCUCUGGUCGAUGCUCUCAGCGAGACCAGGCCCAAGUCACCGGCCAGUCAAGUAGAUAAUGACGAGCCAAUAGAGCUAGCGCAUUAUCCGGACGCCAUGAAACCUCCUCCUGGAACCAAACCGCCGAUCGAAAGAGACGAUUUCCCUGCCCCACCUUAUCCCUAUACAGAUCCUGAGAGACGUAGGCGAUGGUCUGACACUUACAAGGGUGUACCUGCAUCGGAUGACGAGGACGAGGUGGACAACAAGACGUAUAUAAAAGAGGUGGAGGAGAAGCUAAAGAAAGAACAGGACGAGCUAAGUAAAAUCGACACUGGAAUAGCGAAGGUGUUCUUGCAAGAUCGUGAAAAGGAUCGGGAAAAUUUGAGACACAAAGCCGCGAACGUCGAUCCAAGAAACGCAUCGAGAACACCAUCGGCUGCCAGAGAACCGACUUACAGAUUACGAUACGAGAGUCCGGUUGGCGCUUCGCCAUCGAGAAAUAUAGAUCACGCCCGACCGUGGGAGGACGACGAUGGUUUCAGUUACAGAUCGAGUGUAGGACCCAGCUAUAACGUUGGGAGGUCAUCGGCACGUUCCCCGGCUCCCAGAAACUAUCCACCCCUUGGUACUCAACGCGCCUUCACUCUUCCAAACGCCGCUAGGCACUAUCAUUCGGGUGAUUAUUCGUUCAGUGGGAUGGGAGACAAGACGCACAGCACUGAUUUCUCGUCUGGCAAAUCAGAUAUAUCGACAGGCAGCAUCACGGAUGUGGAUCGACGGGCAUUGGUAUGUACCACAGCCCCAUACUACUCCCGGCGAAUUAGCAUGAAUGAUGGUGGAAUGCUGCCAUCAUCUACCACGUAUACAGGUGGCCUAGGUUCGGUAGUCGGAAGUCACGGGGGCCAUCACGUAAGGAGAUCACUGCCAGAUAUGGGAACGGCGCCGUCCGAACCGCCGAAACUCUACCCUUACCACUUGCUUGUCAUCACCAACUACAGGCUGCCCGCUGACGUGGAUCGUUGCAAUCUCGAACGGCACCUUUCUGACGCGGAAUUCGAGGCAGUUCUUCAAUUUACUCGUGCCGAGUUCUAUAGACUACCGCAAUGGCGUCGUAACGAAAUCAAAAGACGCGCCCGGCUGUUUUAACCGGCAACAACCACGCUACGUGUUCUACUUAUUACCUUCAUCGUGUCACGACUGUGUUAUCGUGUUAUAGAGUGUACAUUCCUUCAGCGUGAUAGGUGUAUAACGAGAGAGAAGAAAAUGAGGAACACAUGUUCGGGGAACCAACGAUCCGUACUGGUCUUCGAUCGCGAACAUCGAUAUCAAAUCAUCGUCGUCGUCGUCGUGGAUGAAAAACGAUCGAGAGAAUCUCGAUCGUACGCUCAUACACUCACAAAGAAACGUAUAGAUGCGUACACACGCGUAUAAACAUGUGUUCGACGUCCACACGAUGGCGCAAACUCAUCGACACAAAGGAGCGCACUACAAUUCGAUGUCAAUUUUGUUCUCUCAGCAACGAAUCCACAGGCAGCUUGACUCUAAUCAUUGACAAACUACUUCAUCACCCUGUGACUUCGGUGCUUCUUUCGGGACAAUCUUCGCUGUUCACAAGAAUAAGGGAGAGAAAUAUGUUUAUCCGUUUCUGUGCUUAACAAAAAAGACCUGCCGUACGUAUAAAAGUCGAAGACGAAACGGAGAAUGGAAACAAGUUGAAACCUUCAAACGCUUGAUCCGACAUUAUUAACGAAGGAAAGUCGUACAUCGACUACUGUUAUCGAGGAUCGUUUCAGAGGGAACGAUUUGAGAAAGAGAAAGCUGUCAUCCUGUAUCUAACAUGUACACUUUCAUGACCAUGAAUAUCACGGUUUGAAAAGUGAAAACGGUAGAUGGGUAAUAAUUUUAGCGAAGUAGCUGAAUAUAAGGGUGACAAACAUCGUCUGAGGUUUUAUCAUUUAACAGGAACAUCGUCUUGUAACUUAGAGUUUUUCCCCACGAAUGUCGACGUAUAAAAUAGCGCGGCGGGAAGAUGUGCAAGAUUUAAAGCGAAUAAAAACCAGAGAAAUGGUAACACUAUGUAGCUGACAUACAUGCGUUGUUGUAAAUAAACGAAUGAACCAGAAAGGAUGAAAGAAGCAACGGAAGUACGAGGAAGUAUAUAUAUAUAUACCUAUAUAUGUAUAUAUACGUUCACAUACGUAUAUACACCAUUUUGAGAAUUCGCUUGAAUCACAGAACACAUUUACUAUUUGCAAAAGGUUAUAACACAAACGCGCUGCCUGCUAUCAUAGGAGCUAUCACUAUUAUUAUUAUUAUUAUUAUUAUUAUUAUUAUUAUUAUUAAUUUUUAACUAUUAUUAUUAUUAUAUUUUACUAUAAGCAACAUGAAAAAUUUAAGAUACAUGUAAGUAGAUAGGAAGUUCAGCUUGCCGGAUGACGUAAUUAUCAACGUAUUUAAAUAUUAUCGUUAAUUUUGCAUGUUGUUUCACUAUUUCAACACAUGCGUACAGACGACGUAUCUGUUGGCAAACUACUAUACAUAGGUAUAAGAUUUUCCUUAACUCGAUUUCCCUUGACUCGUAUCGACGAUACACGAAAAAGAGUUCUGCAGUGCGAUUAGAGAUAUAUAUCGCGAACGUAUUUACGUGUAUUUGGAUAAGCGAGAAUUAUGGAAAAACGGGAAAAUAAAAAAGGGGGAAAAAAUAACAUUUAUCACAGACAGUUGUUCCACCUUAUACGAGUAUGUCAGGCGGCAAGCUGAAUACGCGAAAGAAAAGGUGUGCGUACGUUGAAAUGCAACUGUUAAAUUUGAUCCAACGGGAUACAAAUUUUUGUACGAUUUCGUGGAGCGUAACGUAUAUCCGAACCGGUCGCGACUCUGCAACGCAAUGAAAAACGUAAGAAAAAAAAAGUAAAUAACGAUGAGGGGAUGCGUUUUCGAUCUGGCGGGAAAAACAUACACGCGGGGAUGUGCGUCCUUUGAACGAGCUGAAAAUUACAUUUUAUUCCACAUUUCGCCUCGCCCUGAGUCAUACGUGCCUAUAUAUAUAUAAAAAUCGGCGGAGAUUUCUGAACACGUGAAGUCGUGAGAGAGCACUUUCGAUAAAGUACGCGUUGCGUACGUUCGUGAAAUUUCUUGCAGUGUUUUUCUCACGGCUUCGCUACGAGAAGAUGGGAACGUGCUCCAUGAUCUUGUGCAAUGCGACUUUGCGAACUCACCAGACGAAGAGAAAAA